AUGCGGAUACCAAUUCACUCUCUUUCCGUCACAUCGAACAACGAUCUUUACCACGACCACUACCAUUUCCACGUAACGAUGAACAUGCUGCGCUCUCAAGUGAUACGAGCAUCGCGCGCCGCAGCGAGGCCUACCGCCGCCCCACUCGCGCUCAAGGCCUCCCGCGGCUACGCCACAGGCCCUCCACCCCCCGCCCCCGGUCAAGAAGCACCCAAAGUCACCCCAGACCUCAAAGAUGUGAAGAAGAAGGGCGGCGACAACACGCUGGUGUACCUCACGCUCGCCGCGGCCGGCGCUGCUGGAGCGUACUACUACUACACCCAGACGGAGGAGGGCGAGCUGUUCAAGGCGAGGGCGAAAAAGGAUGAAGAGGAGAUCAAGAAGAAGGCGCGGGAGACGGUGGAUGCUACGAAGGCGAGAGGCGAGGACGCGCUGAGGCAGGGACAGGCAAAGGUCGAGCAGGCUAAGGACUCUGCAGCGGCACGCGGACGCAGCGUGACCGAGGACCUCGAGGCGCGGCUUGACUCCGCCAAAACUGCCGCCAAGGACGGCCUGAACCGUGCACGCGACUCGACCGAGCACCUCUACGAGGAGGCCCGCGCAGGCGCCGAACGCCGAACGGCUGAGGCGCGCGGGGAGGCAGAAAAGGCGAAAGAAAAUGUCAAGGCGGGGUGGUGGGGGAAGUCGACGGCUGAGGAGGGGAAGCAGAAGGUAGAGGCGGAGGCUGAUAGGUUGAAGAGAGAGGCAGCGGGGAAAGUCGCGGGCGUUUCGGACAGUGUGAAGCAACGCGCGGAGAAACAGGCUUGA